ACAUGCGCAGAGACUGUAUACAAUUGUACAUUCACAAAGACAAGAAACCAAGAAAGGAGAAUUAAGCAUUGGCAAUGAAAGGCUACAGUCUUCUACUGUGUGUGUUCCUAGUGCAGCUGGCCCUGGGAGACAACUCUGAUGUGUACUACUGGCGUUCAAACUCCAACUGGAACAAUCCUUCUAACUGGGAACUAGGCAGUCCUCCUUGUGGGAAGCAGAUCGCAUCUAUUCCUGACAAAUCGAUAAUCUACUUGAAGGAUGAUGUAACUAUUCAGACCUUAAUGCUCCCUGAGAAUGGACAGAUUAUUCUCGGAGCUAACAUUGCUGUAACCUUCUCUGAAGAUGCUUCUUGUGGAGAUGGCCCAGGAACAAACCCAGCUGCUGCAGAGCCUAACCCUACGAAUGAAUUCAUUGGCAAUUCUGCCCACUAUUGGGAGUGUAGUGACAACUGGAUGACCUCCAAUAACGUCAUAGCUGAGCACCCACCUUGUAGAGGGGACACAGCUGUGUUUGAGGAGAACUCCUACUUUCACUCUGUGUUAGCCAAUGAGACUAUCUACAUAAACUCCCUCACAGUGCGUGGCCAAAAGAUCAACUUAAAGAAUGAACUAGAUGCAAGAGAGUUUCAACUGAAUAUCAACAUUGUCCCUGGCUGUGCCAGUGACCCCACCCAGUGCCCCUGCCCCUCCGGUCAAGGCUGCCUGAAAUCAAUUGGAGUCACUGAUGGAGUUAAUGCUGGAAUGGUUGCUGGAAUUGUUGUGGGACUUCUGAUUUGUCUACUCGUUUUGGCUGCAGUGAUAGUCAUAGUGGUUGUUGCUGUCAUAAUGUACAAGAGGAAAAGUACUGUCGGAGUAUACAAGAAAGAUGAGCUGCUGGAUUAUGAAGAUGGCCAAUCAGACGGGAAAGAAGUAACCACCGCCCCCUCCCCCACACCCCGUACUUUUGACAACCCUGUGUAUGAGUCGACCACUAUUGCCUCAGGGGACGUACAACUCAACAGCUAUCAAGGGAACCCAAAGCUCGAUUUCCAAGCCCCAGCUGACGACUCCGCUGUUGUCCCUGGUGAUGGUGUCUACGAAGCUGUUGGAGAUCAUCUAGGCUCACAUGAUGAAGAGUUUGUGAAAGUGGACCUUGAAGCUCUCGAGGUGGCACUGAACGUGGCCGGCCCAACUGAGGAAUAUGAAGAUUUCGAUUCCGAGCUCUUUGAAGAGAAUGGAAAGGGCAAGAAGGGAAAGAAGUCGAAGAAAUACGAACGCUUCUGAGAACUGUGAACUUUUGGUUGAACUGAAUAUAUUAUACACUGUGCUGAGAACAAUUUGCUAGCUUUACAAUAAUGCUGAAUUAUAAAUGUAGAUAUCUAUAUACCUAUAUUUGGCUAUAUAUAA